AUGUCGACCCCUACGUCCGCCUUAAAGCUGUCGGACGCCGGCCGUCGCGAUGACGGCCCUCCACCACCACCACUGCCCCCGGCCUCCGCCUCCGAGCCUCGUCUUCCUCCUCCAGUGAGCCGUGAAGGAUCCUCGACCGCCCAGAAAUCACCAGCCGCGUCAGAACCCCAGGCUCAAGGCAGCAGUUUCCCGACCUUUGCCAAGAAGACGCCCACCAAGUUGAGCCGGGCCACGACGCCGAAUGCGAAGGAGGUCAAGCCCGUCAAACCCCCGCCGGUCACCCUGCAGUCCCCCGCGGCCAUUGACCCGUUAUCCCAGCACAUCUUGAUGCGAACGAACACCGACCACACUGUUCCUCCACAGUUGCGGCGACCUCCCGACAGCCCUCUUCCCGAUCAUCCAGAGCAACCGGUCAAGCUCGUAGCACAUGCGUUCGACGCUCCCAAAAACAAAAAAGGAGGGGUGUCAUUCCUGAGUCGAUUGAGCAUGCGCGGCGGCCGAAGACGCGACGAUGACGAAGAAUCCGUUUUCAGUGACCAUCGAACCGAAGGCAACAAUGCCCACGUCUUCUCGUCGGCCAUUGGGUCGGGCUACAUUCCCCACCACAAGGAGCCGCCACGAUACAUUCGCAUGAAGGCGCACAGCAAGAAGAACCGCGAGUUCAACCGCAUGUUCCUCGCCCAGGAGCUGACCAUCCCACAACCCGAGACGAAUGGCGAGAAAAGUACGACAGUAACGACGUCGAACGGCGGCCGUCGGUCGAAUCAUGGCGAUGCCAUCUGGGCAACCGAGUUCAGCACAGAUGGAAAGUACUUUGCCGCUGCUGGGAAAGAUCAAGUGGUGCGGGUGUGGGCGGUGAUUUCGACGCAAGAAGAACGGCGGCGCCAUGAGGAAGAAGAAAAUGCUACCGGCGCCACCGGAGAGAGGCUUAGUGCGCCCGUGUUUCGGAGCAAGCCGGUCCAUGAGUUCCGGGGUCACACGGGAGAGGUACUGGAUCUCAGCUGGAGCAAGAACAAUUUCCUGCUGUCUUCGUCGAUGGACAAGACGGUGCGGUUAUGGCAUAUCAGCAGGAAGGAGUGCAUCUGCACUUUCAAGCACAAGGACUUUGUGACCUCCAUUGCCUUCCACCCCACCGACGAUCGCUUCUUCUUGGCAGGGUCGCUCGACGCGACACUGAGGCUGUGGAGUAUCCCGGACAAGGUCGUGGCAUACUCGGCACAGGUGUCGGAUUUGGUGACGGCGGUGGCAUUCUCGCCCGACGGCAAAACGGCCAUCGCUGGUGUUUACUCCGGCAUGUGCAUGUUUUACGAGACAGAAGGUCUCAAGCAUCUUUCGCAGCUCCACGUCCGUUCUUCCAGGGGCAAGAAUGCCAAGGGCAGCAAGAUUACCGGCAUCAAGACGAUGGUCAUUGAGGAUGAGGUGAAGGUGCUCAUCACGUCCAACGACUCCAGGGUCCGUCUGUACAACCUUCGCGACAAGAGUUUGGACGCCAAGUUCAAGGGUCUCGAGAACACGUGCAGUCAGAUUCAUGCGGACUUCAGUGACAACGGACAAUGGAUCGUGUCAGGGAGCGAAGACAAAAGGACGUACAUCUGGUCGGUGCACUCGGCGGACUCGGAGAAGGACAAGCCAUGCGAGUACUUUGACGCUCACUCUGACCGGGUAUCGACGGCCGUGUUUGCGCCCACGAAAUCGCGUCAACUUCUCGGCGGCUCGGGGGAUCCCCUCUACGAUCUGUGCAAUCCGCCGCCGGUGACGCUCAUGAGCCUCGAGGAGUCCAUCGCGAGCCAAGGGGGCCAGUCGGAUGAUGAGGCCAACAAGACCCAGGUGAAGAAGCCCGAGGAAUCGCCGCAGUACAUCGAAAAGUCGAAACACCCCGACGGACAGAUCCUGGUGACAACAGACCAGUCCGGCGUCAUCAAAGUCUUCCGUCAGGACUGCGCGUUCGUGAAGCGCCGACACGAGAACUGGGAAACCGGUUCGACAUUCUCGAGGAGACUGGGAGGGAGCAUUGUGGGUGUGGGACGCAGCGGCAGCGUUGCGACACGCACGAGCGUCGGCAGCCAUCCUCGCUCGCGCCGCAGCUCCAUCUCCCGAGUCGUCGCCCCAGGUCCGACGCAGCUCAGCUCUGACAUCAACACUUGGCGGCAAGGAAUCGAACAUGGACGCCCGAGCUCGAUGGUUCUGACGCCGUCGCAAAGCGAGCGCUCCCUGUCGCCCAACAAGGCGGCACGCACCCCGAUCAACACGAGCGCAGCGAACCUAGCGUCGGAGGCGCGGAAGCAACCGUACGCCGGCUCCCCACAGGCCCGGCCGCAACUCCCGGCGAGUCCGACAUCCAGCCGGGCCUCCCGCGAAAGAGGGCCUUCGAUCCCCCCGACUCCGAGCUUCUCCUUCCGCUCUGCAGACGAAGACGAUGAUGAAAGCGACGAACUACGACUGGAUCCCGCCGGGGCGAGCUACUCCUUCUGGAACUUGAAUCGCUGGCGUGGAAUCUCUUCCCUGCGAUCUUCCGUUUCUUUCAGCAAUGUCAGUGCGGCACAGUCGCAGGCCCAGGGCCGCAACAGCAUGAGUACAGCAGACACGGCACAAACAACAGCCAGCAACGUCACAAAGGCGUCUCGCCGCAAGAGCAUGGGCGCCGGGAUAUACGACAAGGCGGUGGAGGAGGAACAAAACGGUACGACACAGAGCAUAGAGGAUAAGGGAAAGACCGAGGUAGACCCUCAACUGCUCCGACCGGGCGACAACGACCCCAACAGCCGCAUCAACUCCAUCGUCAGUCGACUGAGCUCGGAGUACACGAGCGACGAGGGAGACCAGAUGAGCUGCCAGAAGUGCGCCAGCCGAGAGUUCAAGUCGAAGCGGGUCGGGGGUCGACAACGGCUCAUCUGCGUCGGAUGUGGCAAACUAGUGGAAGACGGGAAGUAA